AAGAGGAGGCAUCACGGGCUUGAAGAAACAUCUUGUCGUCGCUCACAGCGGUUGGCUGUAACAUUCGGAGCUUGACAAGACCACAUUGGGAACAAUCUUUGGCAACAACGAUGGCUUUGGUCCCUCAUCCGUCGCCCCCUGGCGUGCUGGGUCUGCAGCCACCUCAUCUGGGUCAAUACAAUGGGGCGGCUCCAGUUGACGCACAUAUGCAACGCCAACGGCUACUUUCCCAACUGAAUGAGUCUACAUGGCAGCGAAUAGGAUCGCUCAAUGAGUUGCUCGGAGAUCAUGAAGGGGCUCUGUUCGCAUAUGAGCAGGCUCUAAGACACAAUCAAUGGUCACCACAAACGUUGAAUGCCAUCUCGUGCAUACUUCGUACUAAGGAGAAGUACCCCGAAGCAAUGGAGUACCUCAAGAACAUUCUCAAAGUAGAGCCCGCCAAUGGCGAGGCCUGGGGUAAUCUGGGUCAUUGCUACUUGAUGAUGGACAACUUGCAAGAAGCCUAUACCGCAUAUCAGCAAGCCUUGUAUUACCUACCAGACCCUAAAGAACCCAAGCUAUGGUAUGGUAUUGGUAUCCUAUACGACCGCUAUGGCUCUCUAGAACACGCAGAGGAGGCUUUCUCGCAAGUCAUGCGCAUGCAGCCAGAUUUUGAGAAGGCCAAUGAAAUCUACUUCCGACUCGGCAUAAUCUACAAGCAGCAACAGAAGUUCCAGCAGAGUCUUGAGUGCUUUAAGUACAUUGUCAAUGACCCACCUCGGCCACUCAGCGAAGAAGACAUCUGGUUCCAAAUCGGUCAUGUCUACGAGCAACAAAAAGACUUUGAGGCCGCAAAGUCAGCUUAUCGUCGUGUGCUCGAGAGAGACCCAAAACAUGCCAAAGUUCUGCAACAGCUUGGCUGGCUACAUCAUCAACAGAGCAACAGCUAUGCAAGCCAAGAUCAGGCGAUCGAGUACCUGGAACAGUCGGUCAGCUCAGACAACCAAGACGCCCAGAGCUGGUAUCUUCUCGGCCGCUGCUAUAUGGCCCAGCAAAAAUUCCCAAAGGCGUAUGAGGCCUAUCAACAAGCUGUCUACCGAGAUGGCCGCAAUCCUACAUUCUGGUGCUCCAUUGGUGUGCUGUACUACCAAAUCAACCAAUAUCGUGACGCUCUUGACGCAUAUUCCCGUGCAAUCCGGUUAAAUCCUUACAUCUCGGAAGUGUGGUACGAUCUUGGUACUCUGUACGAGUCUUGCAACAAUCAAACUUCGGACGCUCUGGAUGCUUAUGCUCGAGCUGCGGAGCUUGAUCCCACCAAUACGCAUAUCAAGGCACGUCUUGCCCUCCUCAGGAGUGGAGGUGCUAGUGGCCCCAAUCAGCAUAGUGCUCCUGUGCCUCAAGAUGUCCAUCCACAAGCAUAUCAAAAUGGUGUCGGCGUUCCUCCUGGACCUCAAUGGGGUGGCCCUUCAUCCUCAAACCAACCAUCACAACCACCACCUGUUGAUCCAGCACGAGUCAAUGACUGGACAAGAGGUAUUGCCGGCAUUCAGCAACCGCCGCCACCACCAAGUAAUGGCUUCGACAAUCGUGACAGCAUGAGAGCUCCUCCACCUCGUGCUCCAAGCCCACGUAAUGAACCUCUGCGACCUUAUGAAUCGUCUCGUCAGACUCCUUCUAGAAAGAUGCAAUCACCAUCUCCCAAGAUGCCACCGGGCAUGUAUCCACCAGGACCACAAACACUGCCACAGAUCAAUAUGCAAGACCGUGGGCCAUCAUUUGGCGCAGGAGUUCGUCCAUCACCGAUCAUCAAUGGUGGUCCUCCUCCACCGACUAACGGCGCAGGCUCUGCGACGACGACUCUCCCACCAUAUGGUAGACCUUUCAGUCCUCCAAGCGAGUUGAGGCCUUUGCGCGACGAUCGCCCAACGUCGCCAGGAUCUGCUUUCCGACCGCCGCCAUUCCAGAGUAGUGGAUUUCCGGGCAUCGGUAAUGGCGCGUCCUCUGUCGGUCCACCACUUCCUGCCGUAGACGGACCUCCCAGGGAGGACCGACCACCGUCAGCGAUGAAGCGUGCCCGCGAAUGGGAGGCCGAACCUGGCCCAUCCAAGAAGAUUGCAAAUGACGAGACUCGGUCUCGGUUGGAUGACCCUAGCCGUCGAAACAGUCCUCCUGGUCGACUCCCAACGCCAAAUGAUCAUUUCAGACGCAGCUCUUCAGAAGCUCGUCGUGAGAACGAGCGACGAGCCAACGAGAACUACCACCCAUCUGAAGCCGCCCACCAUCCAUUCAGCAUGGCCGCUCAGCAGAUCCCUUCUAUGCAGUCUAUCCUGGAUGCUCCUAAGGACGAGCGUGCAGAGCACGUAGAGCAGGCUGCUCGCAAAGUAGAGGUUGACGAAGAUUACGACGACAACAGUGAAGACGAUAAGCGGCCUGCACCAGGAGCAAUGAGCGGAUUGAGCAGUCCGCAGGUUGCGGGCCCUCCUCCGUCGGCCACUCCUAAGCAAGAGACAACAGCAUAAUCUGGCCGAUUAGAUUUUGUCAGUGAUUGG